GUUCAUUCAAUUGCGGACGCACCAUCGUCUCUCAAACAUCGAACAUAGCCUUGAGUACGUACGACUCAUGACCGGGGCUUACUCUGCCGGCGACGGAUUCUAUAAAAACAUCAUUCCUUGUCUUGAACCGUGACCUUCUUCACAAGAAAUUUCUACAGUACAUCCGCUGGACGAAUCUUCACCAUGUCUGACGACGGAAAGCAGUACGAAGAGGAUGAAUUCCCCCAUCCCUUCGUGGAUCGCUCAUACAACAUGGAGGAGCCUCAGGGAACGUGGGCACCGCGAGCGAUCCUCGAGCUGAAGAUGUACCAGCUCUCGGCCACGCUGCGCGAGAAGCCGGAGUGGUGGCGCAAGGCCAAGGAUUCUGAUAUCAGGAAGAAGUGGUUCGAGGAGGCGAAGGCCCAGCAAGCGAGUGAGGAGGAGCGGUGGCGGCUGUCGGACAAUAUGAUUAAGUACACGCUCGGUGAGUUGGAGGGCUAUGCCCAGCUCCGGGACGAGGAGGCGGGUAUCGAGUGCGGUCCAUACGACUGUAUAUGGCGCUCCGACAAGCUCAUUCCGGACAAUGUCCGCGCUGAGCUCGAAGCCGCCGUCAAGCCGCUCGAAGACGUCCCCGAUGCUGAGAAAGACUGGCACCCCGGGUCCAACGAGCAAGUCCUCGACCUGGUGCACCCCUCGCUCUACCCAUUGGUGUAUGGCAAGACGCUCGGAAGACACCCCGACGGCUCCAUCGCCCCCUUCGAGCCACCGGACCCCAUCCUGGACAAAGGCCCCCACGACGCGGAGGUCCUCGAGGGCUACGCCUCCUCCCGCUUCCAGUGGCUGCCAUCCGACUUCGAGGUGCGCGCGGACGGGAGCGUGAAGCUCGCGAGCGAGUACAUCAACAACGUCCCGCCCGCGCACGCGCCGCGCCUCGUUCCCGCCAUCGAACGCGUCAUGGCGCGCGCAGUACCGCUGUGGGAGCGCGUGCUGAGCGACCUGCGGCGCGGGGAGCCGCCUAUGCGCCUGGGCCCGGUGGUGCGCAACGAGAGCGGGCUUGGGGCGCGGAAGGGGCUGGAGUGCGUGUGGAGCAAGAACGAGCCGGAGCGCUUACAAGACGAGGAUGACGAAGACGAUUGGGAGACAUAUCGGGCGCGCAGGGAUGCGUGGUAUGCCAGGCAGCCGAUGACGCUGCCGGAUGCGCCCAAGGAGUACGAUGGGGGGCUGGCGGGGAGGGGGGAGACGACAUUCAGCUUGAAGGGCCGGACGAUACAGGUGAUCACGAAGUUGGCGAAUAUCGUGCUGACGCCGGAGAAGCCCGCGUAUCCUGGGGGGACAUGGCAUGUGGAGGGAAUGUGGAACGAGCGCAUCGUCUCGACGUUCAUCUACUACUACGACUCAGACAACAUCCAGGACACGACCCUCGCCUUCCGCCAGGCGACGUCGGAGCCGCUAUACCACCGGCAGGACGAUGUCUUUUGCAUGAUGACGCUGUACCGUCUAGAGCGGGACAGGCCGUGCGUGCAGGAGAUCGGGAGCGUGCCGACGAAGAAAGGGCGCUGUAUUGCGUUUCCUAAUUUGUUCCAGCAUAAGGUUUCCCCCUUCGCACUCGCAGACCCCACCAAGCUAGGCGUGCGCAAGAUCAUUGUCUUCUUCCUCGUCGACCCCACGCGGCGUAUCCCAUCUGCCACCGACAUCGCCCCCCAACAAGAAGACUGGCUCAAGCACACGCUCCAUACGGCGAAGAGCGACGAGAGAAGCAGGCUGUCCACUCUGCCGUUGGAGUUACUGGACGUCCAAGCGAACUUGGUCGAGGGAAUCAUGACGAAAGCGGAGGCGCUGGAGAUCAGGGAGGAGCUGAUGAAGGAGAGGUCGGUGAGGCAGGACGAAGAGCAGGGGGAUUUUGUGGAAGGCGAUGGUCUGUUUUCGAUGGGUUUCAACAUGUGCGAGCACUAAUCGCGCUAUGGGGACUAGCAUCGAGCACAGAGUACGUGGGCAUGAAUCGAAAGUCUAACAACACGAUACUUAAGGGUACAGAGAUGUUGUGAAGAAUAAAGCUGGGAUGUCAUUUGGUCUUCACAUAUCAUCUGAACCGCAUACUUGAG